GUGACACUAAGCACAAGUUAGAAGCUGAUGGGAAGAAAUGGACGACAACCAGCACACUGACAGUCCUCGCCUAUGGGCCCAAUUCAACAGCCAGCUGCAUCGUUCACCACCAAGCACUAGGAGAAGAGAAGCUGAUGGCGUCUCUCCGGUUUGAGGACCUCCCUAGGAUGGUGACAAAACCAAAUCCUACACCAGCUGUGCUAGAGGUGAAUACACAUGUCUCUGAGAACGAGCAAUCUACAGUGACCGCAGCAGUGUCAGAUCUGAACAGCAGCACAGCCUCCGCUCCAAUCUACCCACAGCAUACUGGAUCCAAACAACCAGCCAUCCCUUCUGCAGUACCACAGGAUCCUGUAGCUACCAGCUCAGCGUCAACACCAACCCCACAAAACCUCCAACCAGAUGUCACAUCUACUUGGUCCGAAGUAACGCCAGCUGCACCAGGAAAGGAAUUGGCCAGCUUGUCGACUUACCACGUCCCCAACGGGUCUGAAACAGCAUUCAAUGGCAAUGUGACAGAAGAGGAACUUUCCCGGACAGAAGCCCCACUACCAAGUGAAAAUGUAACUGUGAUUUCCAUCAUCACUUUCGAGCGAGAUCUGAAACCUGAAGGCAUCAAAAAGAAGGAGAAUAAUCUCUUGCUGCCGAUCUUGGUGGCUGCUCUGAUUUUCGUGCUGCUCAUCAUUGUCCUGCUUUUUAUGUGGAAGCUGAAAAAAGCUCAUGGAGUGUGGAAGAGAGAAAAUGAUGUUUCAGAGCAGACACUGGAGAGUUACAAAUCCAAAUCUAAUGAAGACAGUCUGGGCCAUGAGAAGAACGGACACGUUGUCAGUCCGAAGUCCAAUGUGCAGUAUGUAACAGAAGCAUAUACAGAAACAACACAGAAGAAUCCAGGAGACAAAAACACUGCAAUAAGUGAGAAAUGGUUUGGAUGUGGAAAGGAAACGGAUGUGUAG